AUGGGACACGACAGGACGUCCCAUCCUUGGGAAGAGGGAUUUUCACCCCGUGGCGGAAAUGCCACGCUCGACGGUGCAACUUCGGACGGUGUUUCGUCGUCGUUGUCGCGAGCAGCACAGUUGUGUAGUCGAGCGAAACUGCGAGCUGACGUCUCGGGUUAAGUGCCGUAUCUUGCACUGUCUAUCGUUGAAUCAAUUUGUGUUUUUCCUGCUCGGAGAACUUUGCCUAUCUUUGAUCCGAAUGUAAAAUAGAAAUAAAUUUCAUGUCAGUCAAGUCGAUUGAAACGCCGAAAUCGAACUGA